GAAGCAGCUGAGUGUGAGAGCAGCAGGAGGAAAGCGGAGCAGGGAACUCCCUGCAUACUGGUGUCGUGCACCAGGAGGAACCCAGGACCCACUGCACCAGCCUUCAUCAUUCAACCACGUCCUGCUGUGACCUGUGUCCACACGCACAGCUGACACACAAACUGCUGCACACUGGAAGGAUUUCUAAGGUUAAAGGGGAAUAUAAUCCUGGAGAUUCUUCGAAGCUGUCAGUGUUUCUGAAUAGGCAGAACUAUGGACUGGCAAGAUGUUCCAGAGGAGGUUCAGGAUGAGUUUGACCUGGAGAUGUACAACGCAACAGAGCAGGGACGACUUAGACUGAUGGAAGAAGAAGUGAGGAACUGCAGAAAGGCUCGACUGGCAGGUUGUGGACUCUCAGAGGCUGAAUGUGAAGUUGUGGCCUCAGCUAUGAAGUCUAACCCCUCCCAUCUGACAGAGUUGGACAUGAGUCUGAACAAGCUGCAGGAUUCAUCAGUAAAGCUUCUGUGUGCUGGACUGGAGAGUCCAAACUGUCGACUGGAGACUCUGAGAUUGGAGCGCUGCUCGUUGUCAGAUAUCAGCUCUAUGGCCUCAGCUCUAAAGUCCAAUCCCUCCUAUCUGAAACAUCUGGACCUGAGUCACAACAUGAACCUGCAGGAUUCAGGAGUGAAGCAGCUAUGUCGUUUUCUGGAGAGUCCACACUGCACGCUGGAGACUCUGAUACUGGAUGACUGCAGUUUUUCAGAUAUCAGGUCUCUGGCCACUUCUCUGAAGUCCAACCCCUCCCAUCUUAAACAUCUGGGUCUGAGCUGGAACAAGCUGCAGGAUUCAGGAGUGAAGCAGCUGUGUGGUUAUCUGGAGAGUCCACGAUGUCGACUUGAAACUCUGGUAUUGUGGGACUGCAGUUUGUCAAAGAUCAGCUGUGAUUAUCUGGCAGCAGCUCUGAAGUCCAACCCCUCCCAUCUGAGAGAGCUCAAUGUGAGAGGAAAUAAUUUGCAGGAAUCAGAUAUGAAGCCACUGUUUGAGCUCGUGGAAAGUCCAAACUAUGGACUUGAGAAACUGAGGUGGUGAGGACAGGACGGUGUGUGUGCUGAGAGAGGAGGAGCUGUGUCCUGAUGAUCCAGAGAGGUUGAAGCAGCAGCAGCUUGUGUGCAGAGACGCUCUGACUGGGCCAUGUUACUGGGAGGUGGAGUGGAGAGGAGAGCUUAAUCCAGCAGUGACUGACAGAGGAAUGAGAAGAAGUGCAGAUGACUGUCAGUGCUGCAGAGUGAACUGCUCUGAGAACAGCUCCACUGUCAGACACAAUGUAGAGUCCACCAUCAUCCCUGUGUGUCCCUGUGGAUCUGCCAGAGGAUCAUCAGUGGAUCACGUUCAGGAGAACAUCACCUGGAAAGGCCUCAAACAACAUUUUAAGCCAGAUGUUAGUACCAGAUUGUUGAAAUAAAAAAAACUAUUUUGUGGUGUAAACAUUUUUCUUCUGUAAAGAGCAUGAAACUGCUGCAGCGCACAAAACAGACCCUCACAUGUGUGACAGCUUCUUUGUGUGCAUGACUGCUGAGUUUUUUAUGUACACAAGUUGUUGAAUUUAUACACAGGAAUUAAUACAGCACCGCUCAAAAUUCAGACACUCUUGCCUGCUGGUGUACCUGCACUCGUGAAAUGAAAUUAUGUGCGUGGAUCAUGUUUUCUUUCUUGUGUGUGACCUUUGACAUAAAUAUAAUUCCAUACACGAGUGUCUGUAAUAGACGUAAAGUACGAAUGCUGAAUAGAAAAGCUCUGUGGCAUGAAGAUCCUUGUAGGAUGAAGCACUUUCCACCCCUCUGCCUAAAAAAAAGGCUGAUGGGGUAAUGUCACCACCCCACCAGAUGGGUGAGCAACUUUCGACAUUGUGAACUAGACAACUCGACAAAGAUGUGAUGUUCAAAUUCACACCAGGAUAUCAUCUUCUAAAAAUCUUUGACCUAAAGGUAAAGGUUAGAGGUCAAGUUUUAAGAAAAUCUUGUGAGCAUGAUGAAUGGACAAAAAAGUCACCUAGGAUGUUCAAGUUGAUGCCACAGAUGUACAGUUGUGUUCAAAAUAAUAGCAGUGCUUUCAAAAACAC